AUGUAUAUAAAGAUGGCCACGUUAGCAAACGGACAAGCAGACAAUACCGCCCUGAGUAGCAAUCACACCAACCCCAGCACCAACGGGCACAUGAACGGAUUAACCCACAGUCCCGGAAACCCAGCCACCAUCCCCAUGAAGGACCACGAUGCCAUUAAGCUCUUCAUUGGGCAGAUCCCCCGCAACUUGGACGAGAAGGACCUCAAACCGCUCUUCGAGGAGUUCGGGAAGAUCUACGAACUGACGGUGCUGAAGGACAGGUUCACUGGCAUGCACAAAGGCUGUGCCUUCCUAACAUACUGCGAAAGGGAGUCUGCCCUGAAGGCCCAGAGCGCGCUGCAUGAACAGAAGACACUGCCAGGGAUGAACAGGCCGAUCCAGGUGAAGCCAGCGGACAGCGAAAGCCGAGGAGGUAGUAGCUGCAUGUCAGUGCCCCCUGCCCACAGAAAACUCUUUGUGGGGAUGCUCAAUAAGCAGCAGUCAGAAGACGACGUGCGCAGGCUAUUCGAGGCGUUCGGGAACAUUGAGGAGUGCACGAUCCUCCGGGGACCCGAUGGCAACAGCAAAGGGUGUGCAUUUGUGAAAUACUCCUCGCAUGCAGAGGCCCAAGCAGCCAUCAACGCCUUGCAUGGCAGCCAGACAAUGCCGGGGGCCUCCUCGAGCCUGGUGGUGAAGUUUGCAGACACGGACAAGGAGCGUACAAUGAGGCGCAUGCAGCAAAUGGCAGGACAGAUGGGCAUGUUCAACCCCAUGGCUAUCCAGUUUGGAGCGUACGGCGCCUACGCACAGGCACUGAUGCAGCAGCAAGCGGCUAUCAUGGCAUCCGUGGCACAAGGGGGCUACCUGAAUCCCAUGGCAGCCUUCGCCGCAGCCCAGAUGCAGCAGAUGGCAGCGCUGAACAUGAACGGCCUGGCUGCUGCUCCCAUGACGCCAACCUCAGGUGGGAGCACACCUCCUGGCAUCACUGCACCAGCUGUGCCUAGCAUCCCAUCCCCAAUUGGGGUGAAUGGUUUCACAGGCCUCCCACCGCAGGCUAAUGGGCAGCCCACCGCAGAAGCUGUGUUCGCUAAUGGCAUCCAUCCUUACCCAGCACAGAGCCCGACUGCAGCAGACCCCUUGCAACAAGCCUACGCUGGAGUGCAGCAGUACGCAGGUCCUGCUUAUCCUGCUGCUUAUGGCCAGAUUAGCCAAGCGUUUCCACAGCCGCCUCCCAUGAUCCCACAGCAACAGAGAGAAGGACCAGAGGGCUGUAACCUGUUUAUCUACCAUCUGCCCCAGGAGUUUGGGGAUGCUGAGCUGAUGCAGAUGUUCCUGCCUUUCGGUAAUGUCAUCUCCUCGAAAGUGUUUGUGGAUCGGGCGACAAACCAAAGUAAAUGCUUUGGGUUUGUGAGUUUUGACAACCCCGCCAGUGCCCAGGCUGCCAUCCAGGCGAUGAAUGGUUUCCAGAUUGGCAUGAAGAGGCUGAAGGUGCAGCUGAAGAGGCCGAAGGACGCUAACCGCCCCUACUGA